AUGGACAAAAGGAAACUCUCUCCUGAGAGUGCUGGUGCUGACCCUGCUGAGAUCCCCCCCAAACGACGAGUCCUCGGCCCUUCCCUCCCUCCACCCACCGAUCCAACCUCCAAUUCAAAUUCAGAUGCUGCCAGUGGCAGUGAUAGCGAUGACAGCGACGAUGACUUUGGUCCCAGUUUACCACCUCCCGCCGGUCAAUCAAUCGCUGCUCCAGCUACCUCCACUUCAUUAGCCCAAGCGAAUGCCCCCGCCAAGGAGCAAAAACCAGAGACGCAACGAGAUGACUGGAUGCUUCAUCCACCAGAGAACAGCGACUGGGCCUCCAAAAUCGACCCAACACAGCUACGGAAUCGCAAAUUCCAAACUGGAAAAUCAGCUCGCUCGGCAACAGCGGGAUCAAAAGGUCUAGAUGCCGCAUGGGUGGAAACGCCAGAGGAGAAAUUGAGGCGAUUGGAGGACCAAGUCAUGGGUGUCGGAGCCCCGUCUAGCGGAACAACACAACCAUCGGCCAGCAAUCCCAAUGCGGCCAAGGAUAAGGAAAUGGAGGAGAAGAUCAAAAAAUACAAUGUGAGUUUCCUACCUGCAUUCACCCAACUUCCUAAGCGUGGUGUGCUAAUUUGUCCCCCGCAGGAUCGUGCUACAAAAAAGACUCGACUGGAAAAGUCAGAAAGUAAGCGCAAAGAAGAGGAGGAUGACCCGAGUACACGCGCAUUCGACCGUGAGAAGGACAUGGCUGUUUCCUCCAAGAUCUCGAAUGCGCAACGCCGAGAGAUGGUGAGCAAAGCUAGUGACUACAGCUCAAGGUUCAGCAAGGGCAGCUAUCUAUGA